AUGGCAUUUCUCAAGAGGAAAAGACAGGACGACGAGGCACGCUUUCCAAAAUCAGAGGAGCAGAAGUCGAGAAACAAAAGGGUCACCUCGCCACACUGCACCCCACCCUCGGUGGAAUUUCACAUCUCACGAACUGCCUCCCCGUCACAGGACCGAGUAUCAUCGAAGCGCCAACGACUGAGUCCAGUUGUACAGUCAAACGCACCAGAAAGCAAACGUUUCCGCAAAGCCCACAGCCCAACUGCCUUUGUACCGAUUCGUCCGACGAGCUCCGAUAGUGAAGGCUUCCUGGAAAAGUUCACGACCGACGCACUCUUACAUGGAGUCGACGAAUUUUCCCACGGACCGCGGAGAUAUUACUCAUUGAAUGACUUGAAGAGGAUAGCCAUCCAGGUGGCUACAGACCUGACUGGCACCGAGGGUGCUUGUCAUCAUGAUAUAGACAUCACGGGCGAUGUCCAAGCGUCGACCAGUCAAUCACAUAUGUCCAUUCUGGCCACGUCGAGGGAAAAGCGAGACUCGCUUCGUCCUACCACGCCGUGGCACCCGCAGAACCUGUAUCAUACUGCAGAGGGUGGCAGCGGUGUGAGAUCGGAGCGUCCGAGCGGACCGCACAACCGAAUGCUUCCGUGUUCGGACAAGGGUGGCGAGGGCGAGCAAGAUAUUGAACGAAGCCCGUCCCGGGAGUCUGCGACCAUAAAGCAGCUUGCUAGCCCUGUCUACCACUGUCAAGUUUUUGGGAAUGACUUUGUGGAAAAGCCGGGACCAUCUUGCCAUGUUGACGACUCGGAAAAUCGACUUGGGGACGGCCAGGUCUCUCUUCAUGCAGACGCUCAUCCCGAGUUACGUCUUUUACCAGCAAUGCCCGAUGUCGCCGGAAACUGCAUCGGUGAGAGCAAGGCACUUCAUACUACUAAUGCGGACACAUACGAGUUAGAUGAGUUCGACACAGAACUAUUGCGACUGGGGACUGAGUUGGCGCAAUCGGGCACCAUGGCCGAUCCGCUGCAGAUCGACAUCGGGCGCAUGACUCGGUCGAAGGGCGGCAUAUACGCAACGUACCAAUGGACAAUUCCUUGUUCCAUGAUUGCCAGGAAUUAUCUCCAUGGAAUCGUCAUGUGUCUCAGGAUCACACAGAGGGAUUCUCGGGAUUUCCUCGGCGACAUGUUCUAUAUUGAUCUUGAAUAG